GUGUGGAUUGUGAUUCCCUUCACGUUCUUCUUUUUCUCUCUCUCUCAUUUACCAUUUGCCGAGAUCUGGAUUCGUUCCAUCCAAUUCAAUCCCAUUGAGGCCUUCAACUCACACUUCCAAUUUCUUCUUUUUAAAUUGGAUUUCGAAUCAUGCUCCAUCAUAAAUUGUGCCACUUCAAUUGUUGAUUGACUAGUCGCAUUUGCGAUUACGUAGAGAAAGCAGAAGCCCGCCGAAUCAGUUGUUGUGUGAGAUCUAGUUUCUAAAUUUCAGGUUUUAGUUCAGGAGUUCAGAUUAAGAAAGAACAGAUUCAAGGUAAAAUAAAAAGAAUGGUGAGGAAAGGGAAUUGGUUUUCUUCAGUGAAGAAGGCUCUAAGCCCAAAUUCGAAGGCAAAGAAAUCCAAGAAAGAGAAAAGCUCCGGAAAAGAAAAUCCCUCAGUUUCAGAAUCUCCGAUUCCGGAGACGAUCCAAGUAUCCGAUCCUCAUCCUCUUCCGCCUCUGGAAGAUGUGAAAUCGGUUGAGGUGGACGAUGAGCAGACGAAACAUGCUUACUCUGUUGCGGUUGCUAGUGCUGCAGCCGCUGAGGCGGCUGUUGCGGCUGCUCAGGCAGCGGCAGAGGUGGUUCGACUGACUACGGUGAAUCAGUUUGCAGGGAAAUCCAAGGAAGAAAUUGCUGCAAUUAAACUACAGACUGCAUUCCGGGGUUACUUGGCAAGAAGGGCGUUGCGAGCUCUGAGGGGGCUAGUUCGGCUGAAAUCACUCGUCGAUGGGCCAACUGUCAAACGCCAAACUGCAAACACCCUGAAAUGUAUGCAGCAUUUAUCUCGUAUGCAGUCUCAGGUUCAGUCGAGAAGGACAAGGAUGCUGGAGGAGAAUCGAGCCCUCCAGAGGCAGCUUCUUCAAAAACGUGCAAAAGAGCUCGAAAGCUUACGAAUGGGAGAUGAAUGGGAUGAUAGUCUACAAUCAAAAGAGCAAAUUGAGGCGAGCUUACUACACAAAUAUGAAGCUGCAAUGAGGCGUGAACGAGCACUCGCUUAUUCGUACACUCAUCAGCAAACAUGGAAGAAAUCUGCAAGACCGACGAACCUACUCUUCAUGGACCCGACGAAUCCUCAAUGGGGCUGGAGCUGGUUGGAACGAUGGAUGGCGACAAAGCCGUUGGAAUCCCAGGCGAUUAUUGUCGAUAAAGAUCUCAAUGGAAACAUCGGCGGCGAAAUUACCAAGUCCUUUGCCCGGCAUCAGCUAAACUCCGAUAAUGCGGCGACCGCAGGCAUUCCAAAGCCACUGGCUCAGCAAUCAACAGCAGGCAAGAAGCUGAAGCCCCCGAGCCCGCGUGGGAGCAUCGUAAGCCAAGAAGAGGACGCGAGAAGCACGUUCAGCGUGCACUCGGAACGUAACAGACGGCACAGCAUCGGUGGCUCGUCCGUCAGGGAUCCUGACGACGAGAGCAUGGCGAGCUCGCCGUCCGUCCCCAGCUACAUGAUCCCGACUCAGUCGGCAAAGAACAAGACGAAGUUGCCGAGCCCUCUUGGGAUGGAGCCCAACGGCAAUAGCAAUGGCAAUGGCAAUGCCAUCCCAUCUGCUGCCUCCGCCAAGAAACGGCUUUCUUUUCCCGGCUCGCCUGCCAGGCCGAGGAGACAUCAAGUGCUCGGCUGACUGACUGACUCUAUGUAUAUAAACACACGCUCUCUCGCCGGUAUGCUAUGCUAUGCUUCUCUCUCAAUUCAAUUCUUCAUAAGAUAAAGCUGGAUGGGAAGACAGGUAAAGGAUUUGUUUGGCUUGUUAUGUUAAUUAUAUAUGGUUGGUUAUUUCUAUUUUAUAUCUAUUUUUUUUUUGGGUGAUUUAUUUCAUUUAUUUAUUUUUGGUGUAGAAUUAGAAUUGCAUAUUGUAUUGUUUGCUCAUUGUAAUGUUGGUGAGAUUUGUUUCUGCUCCUCAGACUCUUUUGGAAUGGACCAAAUUUAUUUUAUUCAAUGCGGUUUUGUUUUCUUUCAA